AUGCUGCCAUCGCGUAUCAACAACCCGGUUGCCAUCCCAUGCUGCCAUCCCACGCAUCACAGCACGAUUUCAGGGGGCGGGGGGUUGUCAGGGGCAGCAUCGACUCGGCACACCAGCUCAGCGUUGACAGCUGCUGCCAGCAAUGCCAGUGCCCUCAACGCCACAGAACCAUCUUCAUCGCCAGCACAGCCAGCUGCCACAGUGGCGGCCUUCUCCUCGUCGGGCCCGCUGGUGUGGCCGUGGUACCGGGUGCGCCCGCCCUUCCCCACCAACUCGCUGCUCAAGCCCGACCUCCUCGCCCCGGCCGUCAACCUCUGGUCUGCCGCCCCCGCCACCACCAUUGGCGCCCCAGGAGACCGCAUCAACCGCACCGGCACGUACCUGGCGGCGCCACUCGUAACGGGCAUUGCGGCCGUGCUGGUGCAGCUGCGCCCCUCAUGGUCGCCCGCACAGGUGAUGUCGGCGCUCAUGACCUCCGCACGCACCACCACGGCGGGCGGUGCGCCCAUGCGCACGGCGGCGGGCAGGAAGGCGACGCCGUGGCAGAUGGGGUGCGGGGUGGUGCAGGCGGCGGGCGUGGCGGACCCCGGGCUCACCUUCGACGCCAGCGAGCGCCAUUUCCGCAACUUCCUGGCGGGGCAGAGCUGGUUCCGCGCGCACAGGCUGUUCCCUGCCGCCUCUCUCGCCCGCCUGCCCCCGCGCAACCUGAACCGGCCGUCCAUCGCACUGGGGCGCGCCAAGGGCGUCACCAUCAUCCUGCGCACCGUCACCAGCGUGGCGACCGUGCCGUCCACUUACACCGCCACCGUGGUCAACCCCUGGGGCGUGCUGCUCACGGUGACGCCCCGACGGUUUACAAUCGCGCCGGGCGAGAGUGUGACGUACAAGGUGGUGGUGCGUGUGGUGAGCAAGUCGUUGAGGUUCUUCUAUGGCAGCAUCACGUGGCGAGACGAGGUGGGCCAUGUGGUGCGCUCGCCCGUGGUGGUGCAGCCGCAGCGCCUGCUCAAGUGGUGCAUCGGGUGCACCAAAGGUGGCGUCAUCAACUGGCCUCGUGGCCCGCCCUAG